UGCGGGCUGAGGCUGUGAGAACCCGCCCACCGGGGGGCUGUAAUCCCUGGUUUCUGUGGGAGCAGAGGCACACAGCGCGUGACCACAGCGCAGUAUGUCCCGCACACUCUUCCCGCUGCUCCUGCUGCUCGUUGCGGGAGCAGCUGCCGCCCCGCUGCUCGUCUUCCUCAUCGACGGUUUCCGUUAUGACUACAUGGACGACCUGCACGCGCUGCCCGGAUUCCGCGAACUCGUGGGCAAUGGGGUGAAAGUGGACUACAUGACACCGGACUUCCCGAGUUUAUCUUACCCCAAUUAUUACUCACUAAUGACAGGUCGUAACUGUGAAGUUCAUCAGAUGACUGGAAACUACAUGUGGGAUGAAACCUCCAAGAAGGAGUUUCUCAUUGGGACCAACAUUGACAGCCGGUUGCCUCUUUGGUGGGAUGGAUCAGAGCCAUUGUGGGUCACCCUGCAAAAACUGGGAAAGAAGGUUUUCAUGUACUACUGGCCUGGCUGUGAGGUGGAGAUUCUGAGUGUCCGUCCAGCAUUCUGUGAGGAAUAUGUCUACAACCCAUCAGAGAAAAACCUCACAGACUCCAUAGUGAAUGCUCUUGAUGUCCUGAGCUCAGGUGAAGCGGCCAUGGCAGCAAUAUAUUACGAGAAAAUAGAUGUGGAGGGCCAUCACUUUGGUCCAGAGUCUCAUGAGGUCAGAACAGCUGUGCAACAGCUGGAUCUUGCGAUGCAGACACUCAACAGAAAAAUUAAAGAGAAAAACAUGGUGAACAAGCUGAACAUUAUGUUAUUUUCAGACCAUGGUAUGACAAAGAUCCAGUGGAUGGAGAAGGUCAUAGAGCUGGACAAGUACAUCAAAAUGUCAGCUAUUGUCAAGAUGAUGGACAGAGGACCAAUCGUCAGUCUGUGGCCCAAGUUUGAAAAGAUCCAAGAGGUGCAUGCUGCACUGUCUCAGGUUCCUAACAUGCGUGUCUAUGGCAGCCAGGAGAUCCCUGAACGUUUCCACUUCAAAAAAGGGAGGUUUGUUUCCCCCCUGACACUGGUGGCUGAUCCUGGCUGGUUUAUCACUGAGAACAAAGAAAAACUCCCUUUCUGGAAAAACGACUCUGGAGAGCCGUCAGCAUGGCAGAAUGGUUGGCAUGGUUAUGACAACGAGUUCCUCGACAUGAGAGGGAUUUUCUUGGCGAUAGGACCAGACUUUAGGCAAAAUUUCCGGGCAGCUCCCAUUCGAGUGGUGGACAUCUACAACGUGAUGUGCUGGACGUUGGGAGUUAAUCCGUUGCCAAAUAACGGGUCCUGGUCUCGGGUUGAGUACUUCCUGAACAGCUCCGGCGGUCCAUCCCUACCCACAACCCUCUGCUGUAUGGGAAUGUUAGGAAUACUGCUCGCACUAUGGGACUAAAGCAUCAAAGGGUUCUGUGUUUAUAGCAUCUGAUCAUUCCUAGAAAUUAUCUCCUAGGAAGAAUAUGAAUAUGAAUGUUUCUAAAAGUAAUGGAAGGGAAAUAAAGCAGGCUGAAAAACAAUCUUGAAAUAGUUAGGGAAUUCUUAAGGACCAAAAACUCAAAGCCUAAAAUGUGUCCAUGACCUCAUCCCACCUUCUGAAAUGGGUCAGGGGAAAAAGAGAAUUCUACACACCACCAAGACCACUCAUAAAUUAUAAUGAAAUAUGAAAAGCUAAAUAUAUGACAUGUCAGCUCGACUUAGAUCACAACCCUGAGUCAAAAUUCUUGAAAUUCUGCAUUCAAAAGUUUAAACAAUAAAAGCAGAUUUUGAUUUUAGGGUAACGCUCACCUCAUCAUUAUUUCGUACCAGGGGAAAACAGUAUUACGGAUUUCUGUAUAUUUGUAGCAUUCAAACUGUGGAAUGUAAACCUCUCCUCUCCUGCCAUUUCUGUUGGAAGAUGAAAGUUUCUCCAGAAACCAGCAAUGCAUUGUAAAAUACCCUUGUGUAUUCAGAUAAGGAAUCAUUUUGGAAAUCAUACAGAGCCAUUUUAAAUGGAUAGACUUCAUAAUUACCUAAUGCUGACGUUUCAUGCUUUCAACACGUGUAACAGCUAGAGCAUCAAUUACAAGUAAUACUGAGAGCCAUAUUUUACAUGCAGCAAAGCACAUUUAUAUUCUGGUAGGUUUUCUCUGUGAUCUGAUUGUAGGAGAGUUGUUUAUUUACAACUGGGCAACACCUUUAUUUCAUUGGACAAUCAUGUAUUGUAUAAUGACAAUAAAGAUUGACCUUGAUCUCAAUUUUAUGACUCUGUAGGAUAUGUGCGUCAUAAAUAAAUGUGCUUUGAUCUGGAAAAACAUGUCUCUGUAACAAUCAGUGUUUUAUAAUGGGGCUUAACCAUUUCUUGUUGCUAUAGAAUGAGGAAGACCUGUGUCUUGGAAUUAAACCACUUU